UUUAAUCCAAACAAGACUGAAGACAAGCUUAGUAUUCAGCCAACCUACUCCUGCUUUAAUCCCAAGAAUGCUAUAACUGAAAUAAUUCAUCAGAUUAUUGGUUCAGUGAUUAACAAAAUUGUGUUCUUUGGAGAUGCAUGAGAGGCCAUAGAGACAAAGACAGAGAAAUAGAGCACCUCUGGAUUUAGAUGCACUCCUUCAAGGACCAUGGUUUCUGCAAUAGUACCCCCUCUCCAUUGUUCCAGCUGUGACUCAGAUGGGCCCUCCUUGAUGGCACUCCCAGCAGCACAGCCUUAGCACUGGGAGCAUGACUUCGGCAACUUCACCUAUCAUUCUGAAAUGGGACCCCAAAAGUUUGGAAAUCCGAACACUAACAGUGGAAAGGCUGUUGGAGCCACUUGUUACACAGGUGACUACACUUGUCAACACAAGCAACAAAGGCCCAUCUGGUAAAAAGAAAGGGAGGUCAAAGAAAGCCCAUGUACUAGCUGCCUCUGUAGAGCAAGCCACUCAGAACUUCCUGGAAAAGGGUGAACAGAUUGCUAAGGAGAGUCAAGAUCUCAAAGAAGAGUUGGUGGCUGCUGUGGAGGAUGUGCGCAAACAAGGUGAGACGAUGCGGAUCGCCUCCUCCGAGUUUGCUGAUGACCCUUGCUCGUCGGUAAAGCGCGGCACCAUGGUGCGGGCGGCAAGGGCUUUACUCUCCGCGGUGACACGCUUACUCAUCUUGGCGGACAUGGCAGAUGUCAUGAGACUUUUAUCCCAUCUGAAAAUUGUAGAAGAGGCCCUGGAAGCUGUCAAAAAUGCUACAAAUGAGCAAGACCUUGCAAACCGUUUUAAAGAGUUUGGAAAAGAGAUGGUGAAACUUAACUAUGUAGCAGCAAGAAGACAACAGGAGCUGAAGGAUCCUCACUGUCGGGAUGAGAUGGCAGCUGCCCGAGGGGCUCUGAAGAAGAAUGCCACAAUGUUGUACACGGCCUCUCAAGCAUUUCUCCGCCACCCAGAUGUCGCCGCUACGAGAGCCAACCGAGAUUACGUGUUCAAACAAGUCCAGGAGGCCAUCGCCGGCAUCUCCAAUGCUGCUCAAGCUACCUCGCCCACUGACGAAGCCAAAGGCCACACGGGCAUCGGCGAGCUGGCUGCGGCUCUUAAUGAGUUUGACAAUAAGAUUAUCCUGGACCCCAUGACGUUCAGCGAGGCCAGGUUCCGGCCGUCCCUGGAGGAGAGGCUGGAGAGCAUCAUCAGCGGCGCAGCGCUGAUGGCCGACUCCUCCUGCACGCGAGACGACCGCCGCGAGAGGAUCGUGGCGGAGUGCAACGCCGUGCGGCAGGCGCUCCAGGACCUGCUCAGCGAGUACAUGAAUAAUACUGGAAGGAAAGAAAAAGGAGAUCCUCUCAACAUUGCAAUUGAUAAGAUGACUAAGAAAACAAGAGAUCUAAGGAGACAGCUUCGGAAAGCAGUGAUGGAUCACAUAUCUGAUUCUUUCUUGGAAACCAAUGUUCCUUUGCUAGUUCUCAUUGAAGCUGCAAAGAGCGGAAAUGAAAAGGAAGUGAAAGAAUAUGCCCAAGUUUUCCGUGAGCAUGCCAACAAACUGGUAGAGGUUGCCAAUUUGGCCUGUUCCAUCUCCAACAAUGAAGAAGGGGUGAAAUUAGUUCGGAUGGCAGCCACCCAGAUUGACAGCUUGUGUCCCCAGGUCAUCAAUGCCGCUCUGACACUGGCUGCCCGGCCACAGAGCAAAGUUGCUCAGGAUAACAUGGACGUCUUCAAAGACCAGUGGGAGAAGCAGGUCCGAGUGUUGACAGAGGCCGUGGAUGACAUCACCUCAGUGGAUGACUUCCUCUCUGUCUCAGAAAAUCACAUCUUGGAGGAUGUGAACAAGUGUGUGAUAGCCCUCCAAGAGGGUGAUGUGGACACUCUGGACAGGACUGCAGGGGCCAUCAGGGGCCGGGCAGCUCGAGUCAUACACAUCAUCAAUGCUGAGAUGGAGAACUAUGAAGCUGGGGUUUAUACUGAGAAGGUGCUGGAAGCUACAAAAUUGCUUUCUGAAACAGUGAUGCCACGCUUUGCAGAACAAGUAGAGGUUGCCAUUGAAGCCCUGAGUGCCAACGUUCCUCAACCAUUUGAGGAGAAUGAGUUCAUCGAUGCCUCUCGCCUGGUGUAUGACGGCGUUCGGGACAUCAGAAAGGCUGUGCUGAUGAUCAGGACCCCAGAAGAACUAGAGGAUGAUUCUGACUUUGAGCAGGAAGAUUAUGAUGUGCGUAGCAGGACAAGUGUUCAGACUGAGGAUGACCAGCUCAUUGCAGGGCAGAGCGCACGGGCCAUCAUGGCGCAACUACCGCAGGAGGAGAAGGCAAAAAUAGCUGAGCAGGUGGAGAUAUUCCAUCAAGAGAAAAGCAAGCUGGAUGCAGAAGUGGCCAAAUGGGACGACAGCGGCAAUGAUAUCAUUGUACUGGCCAAGCAGAUGUGUAUGAUCAUGAUGGAAAUGACAGACUUCACAAGAGGCAAAGGCCCAUUGAAAAAUACAUCUGAUGUCAUUAAUGCUGCCAAGAAAAUUGCCGAAGCAGGUUCUCGAAUGGACAAAUUAGCUCGCGCUGUGGCUGAUCAGUGUCCUGAUUCAGCAUGUAAGCAGGAUUUAUUAGCCUACCUUCAACGAAUUGCCUUGUAUUGCCAUCAGCUUAAUAUCUGCAGCAAGGUGAAGGCAGAAGUGCAGAAUCUGGGAGGAGAGCUCAUUGUGUCAGGGACAGGAGUUCAGAGCACUUUCACUACCUUUUAUGAGGUAGAUUGUGAUGUCAUAGAUGGGGGCAGGGCUAGUCAACUUUCUACCCACCUCCCAACCUGUGCUGAGGGAGCUCCGAUCGGGAGUGGAAGCAGUGAUUCCUCCAUGCUGGACAGUGCCACAUCGCUUAUCCAGGCAGCUAAAAACCUGAUGAAUGCUGUUGUCCUCACGGUGAAAGCAUCCUAUGUGGCCUCAACCAAAUACCAGAAGGUCUAUGGGACAGCAGCUGUCAACUCACCUGUUGUGUCUUGGAAGAUGAAGGCUCCAGAGAAGAAGCCCCUUGUGAAGAGAGAAAAGCCUGAAGAAUUCCAGACACGAGUUCGACGAGGUUCUCAGAAGAAACACAUUUCGCCUGUACAGGCUUUAAGUGAAUUCAAAGCAAUGGAUUCCUUCUAGGACGAUAGGUUUUGACAAGAAAGCUUUUUCUUUCUUUUCUUUCUUUCUUUUUCUUUUUAAUUCCAUUUUUGUAUGCAUACCUGCCGGCUCGUAUGCCUCUGGCAUGGGGAAAUUAAGGGAACAGUGUCUGUUUGCAUGUAAGAUGAGAUGAGAUCAAUACUACUGAUCCAUCUGUAGCCUGGGAAGGAGACAGGACAUUCUUGUACUGAGGUGGCACAGAGCUGUCCUUUGCAACAUUCUCAUAAAAUUGGGCACAGAGUUCGCAUUGGCGCAAUAUUUAUGGGAGUGGGAGGGAUGGGGAAAAUAAACUUAACUCUACAAAAGCAAACUCUAAUGCAUGCAAGAAUCAUUAGGUUGGCAGGUAUAUUCAUAAGUGAAAAAUCUGGAAGUGUAAUGGUAGAACAUAAAACUUGUAUUGCUUCUGUUUCAGUGCAAAAAUGUACUAGCCAAUACGCUUAAGUGUGUGGCCCACAAAUUGAACAAUUUAACCUUGAGUCUAUAUCUGUGAUAUUAUGUCGAUUUUUAACUGAGGGGAAAUUAACUAGUCCAGCCUAAAAUGCUUCUUUUAAUCUGCAUUCUGUUUCCUCUUCUAGUUGUGCCAUUACUAGUGAUCAUGUUUUUUUUUCCCCCCUUUACUGAAAACAAUAAACAGCUAUUUGAGACAAUUAAAAUCCUUCUGGGGGCACUGGAAGCACAAUACGGUGACCAAUCUUGCUUUCAUUUUUUUCUUUUAAUUUGAACUAUGAUUUUGCUAGAAAUAGAAGGCCCAGUGGUGGAAUAUUAGAGGGAAGGAAACUGACAACGUGUGAAAGUUAGAGGCAAAUACAUAGGUGUAGCUUGGAGUGCUGGUAUCUAAUAUACCAUUGUAUUCACUAACUAACUCGAAAUAAACACAUUUAAUCUUGA